GGAUCUUGUUCAGUCUUUGAACAUGUCACUCAGCAACUUCUCCCUUGGUUGUGCUGACAAUGGUCCUUUGAAAGAACAAUUGCUUGAUUGUUCCAACAAAGCUGAGCAACAGCAGCAUGAACAGUCGCCCAACCAUUGACGGGCCACAAAGAGGGCUUCCACAGCUGGAACUCCGGUGAGGAGCCAUUAUGAAUUCCUACCAACUUGGCAGUGCUGAUAGUGGAGGGACUUCGUGCAAGGGGACAAGAUUAACACCAAAUGCUGUCUGCCUGGAAAACAAGCUCGGAUCACUUCGCCUCCUUCGGCUCAUUCCGCGAGCAACCGCGCGCACACUGUGUUUGUAGACCUCUAGGUGAGUUUGUCACAAGUUGAUAAGCGCCCCUAGGAAUGGACUCAGACGAGGGUUAUAACUAUGAAUACGACGACGAAGAGGAAGAAUGUAGCGAGGACAGCGCCGAAGAAGAGCCCGAGGACGACACCCUGGAGCUCGGCGAGGUGGAGUUGGUCGAUCCGGUUGUGGCCGCCGCGGAGCGGGACGAGUGCGGCGAUACGGUCGGAGGCGGUCAAGGCCCCGGCGAGGAAGAGGAGGACUACCGCUUCGAGGUUUUGACCGCUGAGCAGAUCCUCCAGCACAUGGUGGAGUGCAUCAAGGACGUCAACGAGGUUAUCCAGAAUCCUGCAACAAUUACACGUAUCCUUCUUAGUCACUUCAACUGGGAUAAGGAAAAACUCAUGGAAAGGUAUUUUGAUGGCAACCUGGACAAGCUUUUCUCCGAGUGUCACGUCAUCAACCCGAGCAAGAAACCUCGCAUCCGUCCUCCGAUCAACACCAGAUCAUCCGCACAGGACAUGCCAUGUCAGAUCUGCUAUCUGAAUUUCCCAAACUCUUAUUUUACCGGCUUGGAGUGUGGACACAAGUUCUGCAUGCAGUGUUGGGGUGAUUACUUGACUACUAAGAUCAUAGAAGAAGGGAUGGGACAGACCAUCUCUUGUCCUGCUCAUAGUUGUGACAUUUUGGUUGAUGACAACACGGUCAUGCGGCUUAUCACAGAUUCAAAAGUCAAGUUGAAGUACCAGCAUUUAAUUACUAAUAGUUUUGUAGAGUGCAAUCGACUGUUAAAGUGGUGCCCCGCUCCAGACUGCCAUCAUGUCGUUAAAGUUCAGUACCCAGAUGCCAAACCCGUGCAGUGCAAGUGUGGCCGUCAAUUCUGCUUCAACUGUGGUGAGAACUGGCACGAUCCUGUCAAGUGCAAAUGGCUGAGAAAGUGGAUUAAGAAAUGCGACGAUGACAGUGAAACUUCAAACUGGAUUGCCGCAAAUACAAAGGAGUGUCCAAAGUGCCAUGUGACCAUCGAGAAAGACGGAGGCUGCAAUCACAUGGUUUGUCGGAACCAGAACUGCAAAGCUGAGUUCUGCUGGGUCUGCCUAGGCCCAUGGGAGCCUCACGGUUCUGCUUGGUACAAUUGCAAUCGCUACAAUGAAGACGAUGCCAAGGCCGCCAGAGACGCUCAAGAGCGCUCGCGGGCGGCCUUGCAGAGGUACCUGUUCUACUGCAACCGCUACAUGAAUCACAUGCAGAGCCUGCGCUUCGAGCACAAGCUGUACGCUCAGGUCAAGCAAAAGAUGGAGGAGAUGCAGCAGCACAACAUGUCGUGGAUUGAGGUGCAGUUCCUGAAGAAGGCUGUGGACGUGCUGUGCCAAUGCCGCUCCACUCUCAUGUUCACUUACGUCUUUGCCUUCUACCUCAAGAAGAACAACCAGUCAAUUAUUUUUGAGAAUAACCAGGCCGACUUGGAAAAUGCCACUGAAGUGCUGUCUGGUUACCUAGAACGAGACAUCUCCCAGGAUUCCUUGCAGGAUAUCAAGCAGAAAGUACAAGACAAGUACAGAUACUGUGAGAGCCGGCGACGGGUUCUGCUGCAGCACGUGCACGAAGGCUACGAGAAGGACUUGUGGGAGUACAUUGAGGAUUGAGGACACGUCUCAAUGCUUUGGACUCUGGAGUACCUUGACAAAAUAAGAGCGCUGAUGCAAUUGAUCAGGGCAGUACGGGCCUUCUGCUGCCUCUCUUUUGGCAAACCUACCACUUUUGCAUCCUUUUCGUUAACAAUAUCGAAGUAAAUUAUAUUUAAAUAAAAAGGUAGAGUAAUAAAAGAAAGUGUACUACAGUAUUGUUAGCAGCAGCAAGUCCAGUUUAAACAAACAUACUUUCUCUUUUGGUUUGUUUUGUAACACGUUCCCCUUAGCUACCUUAUUUUCCACUUUUUUUUUCUUUUGUGAAUCUUUUUAGAUUUGUUUGUUUUGUUUUCCCCAUUAGUGUGAACAUGUUUUAAACAGCUUUAAUCGUCCUGGCCAUGUCUGCAGUACGUGGCGAGGUUCUUUUGUGUGCAGGGCUGAUUGUAAAGGGGCAAAGACAUUUCAUAAACAAAAAAAUGAGAAGGAAAAAAAAAUAACUAGUAAGUCUGUGGUUUUUUCCCCUCCCCAAUUUGUAAAUAGUCCAUAUGCAUGGAAGUUAAAGGGCAAGUGUGGUAUGCGUUUGCAUCGUUUUGACCUAUUUAUUCUUUAUGAACAUCGUAAAAGGUGUUUGGCAAUAAGGAGCAGCGCACAGGUGACCUCACCAGGAGCUCUGAAAGGACACUACCAAGCCAGACAUGGUUUGGCCAGACAUGUCCCAACACGCAUCCGCUUGAUGUCCGUGCUUCUAACCUGCUGCCCGACACUUCAGUUUUGUUUUUUAGUUAAUUCUUUGCCAGACUGAGUGACAUUCACUCUUGUUUUGUUGCUGUCCCCCUCCCACCCUCAAACACGGCUUGAGGUCCCCCAUCUUCGAUCUCCACUCGCACCUUGUUCACGGAAUGUAGUGGCAGUGCUAAGUGGGUGUCCAAACAGACCAGGGACCAGGGAUUUGAGGGCGGGGGAGGGGGGGGGGGUUUCUUAUUCUCGCGAGUAAUGCUGAUAGUGAAGAUGUGACUCCCCGCAGGGGGGGGGAGAUUGAACAUCGUUUUAAAUGGAUAUCACGAUGGUAGGACAAGGUUGCUUGUGUUUUUUUUAAUUUGAUGAUUUAACGUUAACGAAAUGUCGGUGCCCCAGUGCUGCAGGUUGUGGGACAGCUCCGCUUGUAAAUGCUCCCUUUGUUUGUGUGGAACAUGUCGGCCUUUCCGCAGAGAGGACGCGCAUGUACAGGCACUGAUCAAAGUCACAGGAAUGACAGAACAAAGUGUCAACAACCCCCCAUUCUAAAAAAAAAAAAGUUGCCCAUUUCUAGUACUAUGGGGCGGACAGUUGUGUCUCAAAAUGCUUGUGUUCAGACUUAUUUUAUCCUAGCAAAUUAUAAGCUGUAUUGUUUAUUUGAAUAAAUGUCAAGAGAAAAUA